AUGGCUCAUGGGGGCGGCAAUGAAGCGGAGGCCGGCAACUACGUGGAGCUGAGUCGCAUUGGUGAGGAGGACCCGUACAUGGAGGUCCACGGCUCUGUGCCUUUGUUGGGGGCCGAGGUUGAGAGCGAUGACGAUGCUCCCUUUGGGUAUGCUGCCGCUGGUGUUCCCGAGCUGGAUGGCAACGAUGAUUUGAUGGGUGGGGCAAGUGGAGGUCGUCCCAACCUGGCCCUCCACCAUGGCACCAAUUCCAUGUGGGCCACCGCCAGUACCAUCGUCUCCAACAUGAUUGGCGUGGGCGUGUUGGGCUUGCCAGCUGCUCUGGGCGCCUUGGGAUGGCCCUUGUUUAUUAUAAUUCUUAUUGUCAUGACAGUCCUUAGCUCUUAUUCGGCUCUCAUCCUUGGGUGGCUCAAAGGGACGGUAACAUCACUGCGUGGGUAUCCUGACUUGGCUCAGGAUGCGGCCAAGUCCCACGGACCCAAACACGCCAAGUUUUUUCGCCGAAUCACCCAGUGCAUUCUUUUUGCUUAUCUACAGGGCGCGUGCACCCUCUACCUCAUCACCAUGAAGUUGGCUCUGGAGACGGUGUUUGAGCGUUGCCCGGCGGACCAGGGUCCGCCCAAGCUGACGCCGCACGGCGCCCAGUGCGAGCGUCCCGCCUGCUCGCACCGCGGUGUUGUGGAUCUGCCAGAUAGCAUCUGGCUCUUGGUCGCGGUCGUCAUUCUCUUCCCUUUUGUGCACUACCGUGACCUCUCGCGCAGCUCCUGGCUCUCCUUUGUGGGUGUGGGCACCAUCUUGAUUGUGGACGUGGUCAUUAUGAUCCGUUGCAUCCAAAAAAUUGCGUCCGACGACGCGCCCAACUUUGACCGCGAGUGGGACACGCGCAGCGUUGUGAAUGCCCUCACCACCAUGGUGUUUGCGUUUGGAGGCCACGCGCUCAUCCCGGACAUUUUGUCGGAAAUGCGUUUUCCCAAAGACUUUAGCCUCGCUGUCUACUGGUCCCAGGGAUUCAUGUUUGUUAAUUAUCUGCUGGUUGGCUGCCUGGGCUAUGCGGCCUAUGGUGCGGACGUUCAGUCGCCCAUCACCUUGAGCCUUCCCCGUGAUGGGGUCGACAUUUUCAACAACAUUUGUCUCCUUCUCCACGUGGGCGUAGCAUAUUGCAUCAACUCGACGGUGUUUGUGCGCAACAUCUGUGACACCAUUUGGCCAGGCUUCUUGUCCGAGCCCCACCUGGAACGGACCAAGCUGCAGCGGUGGAGCGCCUUGUCGGCGGGCGUGCUGCUGCUCAGCUUUUUCAUCUCAGUCAUCCUGCCCUACUUUUCAGACCUGAUGGAUGUCAAUUCGGCCAUCAGCCUCUUUGCCCUCUCCAUCUGGCUCCCCGCCACACUCUUGAUCAUGAGCCAGCUGAAUCGCAUGACAGUCUGGCUCAUCAUGUUCAACGCGCUGUUAGUUCUCUUGGGGGUGGUGGGCUCGCUGAUGGGUCUUUGGGCGGCCAUGGAUGACCUGGUCGACAAGCUCGGCCACUGUCGCAUCAACUUUGGCUAUUGA